AGAUGAGUCCAACCGCCGCUGGUCCAAAAUGUCCGAUUUGUCAAAUCGGUCCAGUCGGCCCCAACGGUCAAACUUUUCGAUCUUUCCGAUGGCCGCAGCCGGCGGGAAAUGCGUACUUGCCGAGGACGGCGGGGUUUGCGUUGGCGCCAGCGCGCGAACGGUAAGCCGCCGGUUUCGCUUUGGCGCCGGCGCGCAAACGAAAGCGGCGGGUUUCGCGUUGCCCCCACCGCGCGCUCGGCAAGUGCACGUGGUGUGUGGGAAAGGAGUAGUAGGAGGAGGAGGAUUAGGAGCUUGGCGUGAGUUUGGGAGAAAUCGCAUCCCCGACGACGAUUUCUCGUCGUUUGGCCGCGCAUGCCAGCGUAGCGUAAUACGACACGUGGAAGUCAGGGCGCUGCGCGCUUGGCGCUGUUCAUCCCUUUGCUCCUCGUCCUCCCUCUCCUCGUCGCAAAUUCCCCUUGCCCGCCAAAUCUGCGGCAAUCUAUACGACCGUAGAUUAUCUUCCCGCCAAAUCUGUUGCAAUCUCCACCACAAACUCCAGUGCGCCGCCGACACUGGCGGCGGCGGGGCGGCCAUCCUCCCUCACGACGUGACGUGCCACGUGGCGCUCCCCCGCAGCCUAUCACAAGCGGCAAUUACACCGGCUGGGGUAUCAUCAGAAGCAGAAGCGCGGGAAGACCUAGAACGCGAAGAGGACAAAAACUGGCGGGAAAACGAAGACGAAGGAGGUGGCCUGACCGUUCGCAAGAGGGGUUGCCCGGAGGACAUUCGAUCCGUGAACUCGUCGAUCUUGGAGAAAUCGCUGUGCAAAGAGGAGGAGGAGGAGGAGGAGGAGGAGGAGGGGGUGAGAAAGAUGAGUUCUCGUCGAUCGUUUCAGAUCGUAGUGGCGGCCACCAAAAAAUUUGGCAUCGGCAGGGACAAGAAACUGCCAUGGCAAUUACCGGGAGACAUGAAGUAUUUCAAAGAGGUGACGUCAACGACAACUGCCGAAGGCAAGCGGAAUGCGGUGGUCAUGGGGAGGAAAACAUGGGAGUCGAUUCCGCCCAAGUUUAGACCGCUUCCUGGAAGAUUGAACGUGGUGCUGACACGUGGAGGAGGAGAUGAUGUACAGCCUGGCAAGUACCCUGAGGGAGUGAUGUUGGAGAAGAGCUUGGACAACGCCCUCUCGCGUCUAGCUUCGUCGUCUUUUGUGGAGGACGUGGAAAAUGUUUUCGUCAUUGGAGGAGGGGAAGUCUUCAGGGAGGCAAUGAAGUCCCCUCUUUGCGAAGUUAUUCAUUUGACCGAAAUUGAGGGAGAUGCGUUCGAAUGUGACACGUUUAUGCCACCCGUUGACGAAUCAGUAUUUGCAGUGUGGUCUGCAUCGGCGCCACGUGUCGAGAAAGGGACCAGGUACAGCUUCUUGACGUACGUGCGCAGACGCAUGAACGGAGGCGGAGGCGUUGGCGGAGGGGGAGGGGGGGGAGGGGGAGGAGGGGGUGACGAGUCCCGAUCCCGAGAGAAGGGAGGUGGACCGCCGGCCUUGUCGAGGCAGGCACCUAGUGGGAGCAUAGACUCGGUACCAAAUGUGGUCCCAGCAGAAGAUGCGGGAAGGAAUGGGAAUGGGAGUGGGAACACAAACGGUACCAGGAACAGCAAGCAGGAGCAGGAACAGGAACCAGGAAUAGGGAGCAGGAACAAGAACUCUGGGCACGAUCAGCAAAACUGCCAGUCCCAAUUCCAGUCCCAGGAUCAGCUCCGUCUGCCAGGCUAUCUGUUGAAGCGCCAUGAGGAGUAUCAGUAUCUGGACCUGGUCCAGAAUGUCAUGGCCAAUGGUACAGCCAAGGGCGAUCGGACAGGCACAGGAACUCUUUCACUCUUUGGCUGCCAGAUGCGGUUCAACUUGCGCAAGACAUUCCCGCUGCUCACCACUAAGGUCCUUCAAGAAAAGGGAGUGCAUAUCUGGGAUGACAAUGCAUCGCGCGAUUUUCUGGACAGGGUUGGGCUAAGCCAUAGAAAGGAAGGUGAUCUGGGGCCGGUGUACGGAUUUCAGUGGAGACACUUUGGAGCAAGGUACACAGACAUGCAUGCUGAUUAUACAGGUCAAGGAGUGGACCAGCUGGCCGACGUUAUACAUAAAAUAAGACAUAAUCCGAAUGAUCGGAGGAUCCUUCUUUCUGCAUGGAAUCCAUUGGACCUGGACUUGAUGGCACUGCCUCCAUGUCAUCUGCUCGCACAGUUUUAUGUUGCAGAUGGCGAGCUGUCCUGUCAAAUGUACCAGCGCUCAUGCGAUAUGGGUCUCGGAGUUCCAUUCAACAUCGCGUCCUAUGCACUACUCACCUGCUUGAUUGCUCAUGAGGAUGGGGAUACGGCGAGGAGAGGGGGAUAUGGAGAGGAGGAGGAGGAGGAGGAGGAGGAGGGCGACAAGGAUAGCGAGGACGACGAGGAGUCGUCGUCGAGAUGGGGGGAGCAGAAGAGAUGGACGAAGGGAAAAGAGGAAGGGCAGGAGGAGGAGGGCGAGUGGGAGGAGGAGGAGACAUGGAGGGCGAGGAAGGGGAGGACACGAGGAAGGGAAGGAGACGAGGAGGCAUGGAAGAUGAGGAAGUACGAGGAGGAGGAGGAGACAAGGAGGAUGAGGAAGGGUAGGAGGAGGAGGGCGAACAGGAGGAGGACGAGUCGGAGGAGAUGGAAAGGAGAAGGACGAACCUCCCUAUAUUUCCGCUCCCCUCUCCCGUGUUCUGUUCAACUCCUCUGCUUGUAUUAUAUCCCUCUGCGUCGUCUGUGGUCCUUUGCAUUCUUCAUGCACACUCAUCUGUCCUUCGAAAGGCCGACUGCUGCAGGUGGUGUACUUGUGGGACGCCGCACCCAGUUUGCAGCAGGUGGCGUACUUAUCGUAUUGGAUGUUGGACACGGUUUCCAGCAGGUGAUGCCACUGGUGAGGAGAUUGGAGCAGCCGGCAAGGGCCUUGGUAGAGAGGGAUGCUCAUAUCACCCCCGCUAGCGGAGGCAUUUGGGGUCUCUUGGAGCCAAGAGCGACACAGGGCCUAAGAGAGCAAGCAGAUAGGAGUGUGGGCAUGCCGUAAGGCUCACAGGAAAAGGGAAACGAGAAGCACAAGACGUACAUAGGAAUGAGAGCUGGAGAGAAACGGCCAGAUCCGGCCACCACGUUUUCAACGAAGGGAAUGAUUUAUAUUAUUUUAAAGAAGAUAGGAUGGAGAGGGGAGUUGGGAAGCAGACAGGCAUUGGUUAAUCCUGCCGAGAGGGAGAAUCAAUCAAUGCCUCAGGCCCAC